AUGCUUUCUAUAUUUGGGCAUUCAUUUAAUUCGUUCUCUCUCCGCCUCAAAUCUAAGUAUAUCUUUCUUUAUAUUUAUCUACCUUGGUUCAAAUCUAUCUAUCUGUCUGUUCAUAUCUAUCUAUCGAUCGAUCGAUCUAUGUUUUUAAUUCUGCUCAUUUCUUUUUUUCUUUCUUUCUUUCUUUCUUUCUAUUUAUUUAUCUACCUGAAUCUGUUCAUAUCUAUCUAUCUAUAUCAUUCUCUUCAUAUCUAUUAUCAAUCUUAUUUGGAUCUAUCUUUUUUCGUUUGUUCAUAUCUAUGUAUCUCUUUUUUAUAUUGCUCAUAUCUAUCUAUCUAUCAUAGUUUCUAUCUCAGUCUGUUUCUAUCUAUCUAUCUAUCUAUCUAUCUAUCUAUCUAUCUAUCUCAUUCUGCUAUUCAUAUCUAUCUAUCUAUCUAUCUAUCUAUCUAUCUAUCUCAUUCUGUUUAUAUCUAUUUAUCUAUCUAUCUAUUUCAGUCUGUUCAUAUCUCUCUAUCUAUUUUAGGCUAUUCAUAUCUAUCUAUCUAUCUAUCUAUCUAUCUACCUAUCUAUCUAUCUCAUUCUGUUUAUAUCUAUUUAUCUAUCUAUCUAUUUCAGUCUGUUCAUAUCUCUCUAUCUAUUUUAGGCUAUUCAUAUCUAUCUAUCUAUCUAUCUAUCUAUCUCAUUCUGCUAUUCAUAUCUAUCUAUCUAUCUAUCUAUCUAUCUAUCUAUCUAUCUCAUUCUGUUUAUAUCUAUUUAUCUAUCUAUCUAUUUCAGUCUGUUCAUAUCUCUCUAUCUAUUUUAGGCUAUUCAUAUCUAUCUAUCUAUCUAUCUAUCUAUCUAUCUAUCUCAUUCUGUUUAUAUCUAUUUAUCUAUCUAUCUAUUUCAGUCUGUUCAUAUCUCUCUAUCUAUUUUAGGCUAUUCAUAUCUAUCUCCAUCUAUCUAUCUAUCUCAUUCUGUUUAUAUCUAUUUAUCUAUCUAUCUAUUUCCAGUCUGUUCAUAUCUCUCAUCUAUUUUAGGCUAUUCACAUUCAUCUAUCUAUCUAUCUAUCUAUCUAUCUAUCUAUCUAUCUCAUUCUGUUUAUAUCUAUUUAUCUAUCUAUCUAUUUCAGUCUGUUCAUAUCUCUCAUCUAUUUUAGGCUAUUCAUAUCUAUCUAUCUAUCUAUCUAUCUAUCUAUCUAUCUCAUUCUGCUAUUCAUAUUCUAUCUAUCUAUCUAUCUAUCUAUCUAUCUCAUUCUGUUUAUAUCUAUUUAUCUAUCUAUCUAUUUCAGUCUGUUCAUAUCUCUCUAUCUAUUUUAGGCUAUUCAUAUCUAUCUAUCUAUCUAUCUAUCUAUCUAUCUAUCUCAUUCUGUUUAUAUCUAUUUAUCUAUCUAUCUAUUUUCAGUCUGUUCAUAUCUCUCUAUCUAUUUUAGGCUAUUCAUAUCUAUCUAUCUAUCUAUCUAUCUAUCUAUCUAUCUCAUUCUGUUUAUAUCUAUUUAUCUAUCUAUCUAUUUCAGUCUGUUCCUAUCUCUCUAUCUAUUUUAGGCUAUUCAUAUCUAUCUAUCUAUCUAUCUAUCUAUCUCAUUCUGCUAUUCAUAUCUAUCUAUCUAUCUAUCUAUCUAUCUAUCUAUCUCAUUCUGUUUAUAUCUAUUUAUCUAUCUAUCUAUUUCAGUCUGUUCAUAUCUCUCUAUCUAUUUUAGGCUAUUCAUAUCUAUCUAUCUAUCUAUCUAUCUAUCUAUCUAUCUCAUUCUGCUAUUCAUAUCUAUCUAUCUAUCUAUCUAUCUAUCUAUCUCAUUCUGUUUAUAUCUAUUUAUCUAUCUAUCUAUUUCAGUCUGUUCAUAUCUCUCUAUCUAUUUUAGGCUAUUCAUAUCUAUCUAUCUAUCUAUCUAUCUAUCUAUCUAUCUAUCUAUCUAUCUCAUUCUGUUUAUAUCUAUUUAUCUAUGCUAUUCAUAUCUAUCUAUCUAUCUAUCUAUCUAUCUAUCUAUCUAUCUAUCUAUCUAUCUCAUUCUGUUUAUAUCUAUUUAUCUAUCUAUCUAUUUCAGUCUGUUCAUAUCUCUCUCAUAUUUUAGGCUAUUCAUAUCUAUCUAUCUAUCUAUCUAUCUCAUUCUGUUUAUAUCUAUUUAUCUAUCUAUCUAUUUCAGUCUGUUCCUAUCUCUCUAUCUAUUUUAGGCUAUUCAUAUCUAUCUAUCUAUCUAUCUAUCUAUCUAUCUAUCUAUCUCAUUCUGUUUAUAUCUAUUUAUCUAUCUAUCUAUUUCAGUCUGUUCAUAUCUCUCUAUCUAUUUUAGGCUAUUCAUAUCUAUCUAUCUAUCUAUCUAUCUAUCUAUCUAUCUAUCUAUCUCAUUCUGUUUAUAUCUAUUUAUCUAUCUAUCUAUUUCAGUCUGUUCAUAUCUCUCUAUCUAUUUUAGGCUAUUCAUAUCUAUCUAUCUAUCUAUCUAUCUAUCUAUCUAUCUCAUUCUGUUUAUAUCUAUUUAUCUAUCUAUCUAUUUCAGUCUGUUCAUAUCUCUCUAAUUAUUUUAGGCUAUUCAUAUCUAUCUAUCUAUCUAUCUAUCUAUCUAUCUAUCUAUGUAUCUAUCUAUCUCAUUCUGUUUAUAUCUAUUUAUCUAUCUAUCUAUUUCAGUCUGUUCAUAUCUCUCUAUCUAUUUUACGCUAUUCAUAUCUAUCUAUCUAUCUAUGUAUCUAUCUAUCUCAUUCUGUUUAUAUCUAUUUAUCUAUCUAUCUAUUUCAGUCUGCUAUUCAUAUCUAUCUAUCUAUCUAUCUAUCUCAUUCUGUUUAUAUCUAUUUAUCUAUCUAUCUAUUUCAGUCUGUUCAUAUCUCUCUAUCUAUUUUAGGCUAUUCAUAUCUAUCUAUCUAUCUAUCUAUCUAUCUCAUUCUGUUUAUAUCUAUUUAUCUAUCUAUCUAUUUCAGUCUGUUCAUAUCUAUCUAUUUUAGGCUAUUCAUAUCUAUCUAUCUAUCUAUCUAUCUAUCUAUCUCAUUCUGUUUAUAUCUAUUUAUCUAUCUAUCUAUUUCUGUCUGUUCAUAUCUCUCUAUCUAUUUUAGGCUAUUCAUAUCUAUCUAUCUAUCUAUCUAUCUAUCUAUCUAUCUAUCUAUCUCAUUCUGUUUAUAUCUAUUUAUCUAUCUAUCUAUUUCAGUCUGUUCAUAUCUCUCUAUCUAUUUUAGGCUAUUCAUAUCUAUCUAUGUAUCUAUCUAUCUCAUUCUGUUUAUAUCUAUUUAUCUAUCUAUCUAUUUCAGUCUGUUCAUAUCUCUCUAUCUAUUUUACGCUAUUCAUAUCUAUCUAUCUAUCUAUCUAUCUAUCUCAUUCUGCUAUUCAUAUAUAUCUAUCUAUCUAUCUAUCUAUCUAUCUCAUUCUGUUUAUAUCUAUUUAUCUAUCUAUCUAUUUCAGUCUGUUCAUAUCUCUCUAUCUAUUUUAGGCUAUUCAUAUCUAUCUAUCUAUCUAUCUAUCUAUCUAUCUAUCUAUCUCAUUCUGCUAUUCAUAUCUAUCUAUCUAUCUAUCUAUCUAUCUAUCUAUCUAUCUCAUUCUGUUUAUAUCUAUUUAUCUAUCUAUCUAUUUCAGUCUGUUCAUAUCUCUCUAUCUAUUUUAGGCUAUUCAUAUCUAUCUAUCUAUCUAUCUAUCUCAUUCUGUUUAUAUCUAUUUAUCUAUCUAUCUAUUUCAGUCUGUUCAUAUCUCUCUAUCUAUUUUAGGCUAUUCAUAUCUAUCUAUCUAUCUAUCUAUCUAUCUAUCUAUCUAUCUCAUUCUGCUAUUCAUCUAUCUAUCUAUCUAUCUAUCUAUCUAUCUAUCUAUCUAUGUAUCUAUCUAUCUCAUUCUGUUUUAUAUCUAUUUAUCUAUCUAUCUAUUUCAGUCUGUUCAUAUCUCUCUAUCUAUUUUAGGCUAUUCAUAUCUAUCUAUCUAUCUAUGUAUCUAUCUAUCUCAUUCUGUUUAUAUCUAUUUAUCUAUCUAUCUAUUUCAGUCUGUUCAUAUCUCUCUAUCUAUUUUAGGCUAUUCAUAUCUAUCUAUCUAUCUAUCUAUCUAUCUAUCUAUCUAUCUCAUUCUGUUCAUAUCUAUUUAUCUAUCUAUCUAUUUCAGUCUGUUCAUAUCUCUCUAUCUAUUUUAGGCUAUUCAUAUCUAUCUAUCUAUCUAUCUAUCUAUCUCAUUCUGUUUAUAUCUAUUUAUCUAUCUAUUUCAGUCUGUUCAUAUCUCUCUAUCUAUUUUAGGCUAUUCAUAUCUAUCUAUCUAUCUAUCUCUCUCAUUCUGCUAUUCAUCCAUAUCUAUCUAUCUAUCUAUCUAUCUAUCUCAUUCUGUUUAUAUCUAUUUAUCUAUCUAUUUCAGUCUGUUCAUAUCUCUCUAUCUAUUUUAGGCUAUUCAUAUCUAUCUAUCUAUCUAUGUAUCUAUCUAUCUAUCUAUCUCAUUCUGUUUAUAUCUAUUUAUCUAUCUAUCUAUUUCAGUCUGUUCCCAUCUCCCAUCUAUUUUAGGCUAUUCAUAUCUAUCUAUCCAUCUAUCUAUCUAUCUAUGUAUCUAUCUAUCUCAUUCUGUUUAUAUCUAUUUAUCUAUCUAUCUAUUUCAGUCUGUUCAUAUCUCUCCAUCUAUUUUAGGCCAUUCACAUAUCUAUCUAUCUAUCUAUCUAUCUAUCUAUCUAUCUAUCUCAUUCUGUUUAUAUCUAUUUAUCUAUCUAUCUAUUUCAGUCUGUUCAUAUCUCUCAUCUAUUUUAGGCUAUUCAUAUCUAUCUAUCUAUCUAUCUAUCUAUCUAUCUAUCUAUCUAUCUAUCUAUCUCAUUCUGUUUAUAUCUAUUUAUCUAUCUAUCUAUUUCAGUCUGUUCAUAUCUCUCCUAAUUAUUUUUUAGGCUAUUCAUAUCUAUCUAUCUAUCUAUCUAUCUAUCUAUCUAUCUAUGUAUCUAUCUAUCUCAUUCUGUUUAUAUCUAUUUAUCUAUCUAUCUAUUUCAGUCUGUUCAUAUCUCUCUAUCUAUUUUACGCUAUUCAUAUCUAUCUAUCUAUCUAUGCUAUUCAUAUCAAUCUAUCUAUCUAUCUAUCUCAUUCUGUUUAUAUCUAUUUAUCUAUCUAUCUAUUUCAGUCUGUUCAUAUCUCUCUAUCUAUUUUAGGCUAUUCAUAUCUAUCUAUCUAUCUAUCUAUCUCAUUCUGUUUAUAUCUAUUUAUCUAUCUAUCUAUUUCAGUCUGUUCAUAUCUCUCUAUCUAUUUUAGGCUAUUCAUAUCUAUCUAUCUAUCUAUCUAUCUAUCUAUCUCAUUCUGUUUAUAUCUAUUUAUCUAUCUAUCUAUUUCAGUCUGUUCAUAUCUCUCUAUCUAUUUUAGGGCUAUUCAUAUCUAUCUAUCUAUCUAUCUAUCUAUCUAUCUAUCUCAUUCUGUUUAUAUCUAUUUAUCUAUCUAUCUAUUUCAGUCUGUUCAUAUCUCUCUAUCUAUUUUAGGCUAUUCAUAUCUAUCUAUCUAUCUAUCUAUCUAUCUAUCUAUCUAUCUCAUUCUGCUAUUCAUAUCUAUCUAUCUAUCUAUCUAUCUAUCUAUCUCUAUCUAUCUAUCUAUCUAUCUCAUUCUGUUUAUAUCUAUUUAUCUAUCUAUCUAUUUCAUCUGUUCAUAUCUCUCUAUCUAUUUUAGGCUAUUCAUAUCUAUCUAUCUAUCUAUCUAUCUAUCUCAUUCUGUUUAUAUCUAUUUAUCUAUCUAUCUAUUUCAGUCUGUUCAUAUCUCUCUAUCUAUUUUAGGCUAUUCAUAUCUAUCUAUCUAUCUAUCUAUCUAUCUAUCUCAUUCUGUUUAUAUCUAUUUAUCUAUCUAUCUAUUUCAGUCUGUUCAUAUCUCUCUAUCUAUUUUAGGCUAUUCAUAUCUAUCUAUCUAUCUAUCUAUCUAUCUAUCUAUCUAUCUAUCUAUCUCAUUCUGUUUAUAUCUAUUUAUCUAUCUAUCUAUUUCAGUCUGUUCAUAUCUCUCUAUCUAUUUUAGGCUAUUCAUAUCUAUCUAUCUAUCUAUCUAUCUAUCUAUCUAUCUCAUUCUGUUUAUAUCUAUUUAUCUAUCUAUCUAUUUCAGCUAUUCAUAUCUAUCUAUCUAUCUAUCUAUCUAUCUAUCUAUCUAUCUCAUUCUGUUUAUAUCUAUUUAUCUAUCUAUUUCAGUCUGUUCAUAUCUCUCUAUCUAUUUUAGGCUAUUCAUAUCUAUCUAUCUAUCUAUCUAUCUAUCUAUCUAUCUAUGUAUCUAUCUAUCUCAUUCUGUUUAUAUCUAUUUAUCUAUCUAUCUAUUUCAGUCUGUUCAUAUCUCUCUAUCUAUUUUAGGCUAUUCAUAUCUAUCUAUCUAUCUAUGUAUCUAUCUAUCUCAUUCUGUUUAUAUCUAUUUAUCUAUCUAUCUAUUUCAGUCUGUUCAUAUCUCUCUAUCUAUUUUAGGCUAUUCAUAUCUAUCUAUCUAUCUAUCUAUCUAUCUAUCUAUCUCAUUCUGUUCAUAUCUAUUUAUCUAUCUAUCUAUUUCAGUCUGUUCAUAUCUCUCUAUCUAUUUUAGGCUAUUCAUAUCUAUCUAUCUAUCUAUCUAUCUAUCUAUCUAUCUAUCUCAUUCUGUUUAUAUCUAUUUAUCUAUCUAUCUAUUUCAGUCUGUUCAUAUCUCUCUAUCUAUUUUAGGCUAUUCAUAUCUAUCUAUCUAUCUAUGUAUCUAUCUAUCUAUUUCUGUUUAUAUCUAUUUAUCUAUCUAUCUAUUUCAGUCUGUUCAUAUCUCUCUAUCUAUUUUAGGCUAUUCAUAUCUAUCUAUCUAUCUAUCUAUCUAUCUCAUUCUGUUUAUAUCUAUUUAUCUAUCUAUUUCAGUCUGUUCAUAUCUCUCUAUCUAUUUUAGGCUAUUCAUAUCUAUCUAUCUAUCUAUCUAUCUAUCUAUCUCAUUCUGUUUAUAUCUAUUUAUCUAUCUAUUUCAGUCUGUUCAUAUCUCUCUAUCUAUUUUAGGCUAUUCAUAUCUAUCUAUCUAUCUAUCUAUCUAUCUAUCUAUCUCAUUCUGUUUAUAUCUAUUUAUCUAUCUAUUUCAGUCUGUUCAUAUCUCUCUAUCUAUUUUAGGCUAUUCAUAUCUAUCUAUCUAUCUAUGUAUCUAUCUAUCUCAUUCUGUUUAUAUCUAUUUAUCUAUCUAUCUAUUUCAGUCUGUUCAUAUCUCUCUAUCUAUUUUAGGCUAUUCAUAUCUAUCUAUCUAUCUAUCUAUCUAUCUAUCUAUCUAUCUAUCUAUCUAUCUCAUUCUGUUUAUAUCUAUUUAUCUAUCUAUCUAUUUCAUCUCUAUCUAUUCAUAUCUGCUGGCCUGUCUCUCUCUCUAUAAUAGUCCAUUCCUCAUUUCACUACCAACAAAUUUCUUCUCUUUAUGUAUUUUCUCUCUCUUCUUCUUCGUUUUUUUUCUUCUUUUCUCUGCCAUUGUUUAUUGCUCUCAGUCUCUUAUCACUGUUAAUAUUUGUCUUCUUUUUAGUCAUCUUUUUCUAUCUUCGUCUUUGAUUUUUCAUUUUCUGCGCCUUUUCUUUUUCGCUUUUAUGGAAUUUCUAUUCAUUUCAUUAUCCUCUCUAUUUUUCGUCAAAAUCUUUUUCUUCUUUCUCUUCUCGUUCUUACUUUAUUUUUUAUUUUUUAUUCUUUCCUUCUUUCUCUUUAUUUUCCUCUUUUUUGUAUUACUUUUGGUUUUUUGUCCACAUUUUCUAUAUUUAAAGCCUCCCCUUCAUCUGUCAUCUCUCUUUUCUCUGUCUUUGUCCAUUUCUUUUCUUUUUCCUCUUAUAUUUGCUGCUCUUUCAUUCUUUCUUUUCUUUGUUUCUAUCAUUGCGCUUUUCACUAUUCCUUUCUUCUUUCUUUCUUCCCAUCUUUCCUUCUUCCUUUCUUUCUUUAUUUUUUCUUCUUUUCUUUCUUUCUUAUUGCUAUUUUCAUAUUAUUUCUCUUAUUCCUAA